UCCAGCCGCCAGCCUACGCCCCUCCCCGCUCCCCUCGUCCCCGGGGAAGCACACAGCCUUGGAGCUCCGGCUUUUCAGCUGAAUCAAUAACCAAAAUGCCUCGGGAAGGCAACUCCGGGGAGACGUAGCAGAAAAUUGGACGUAGGCCUUGCUCCCGCGCUUGGCGAGGUUGAGGGGGCGGCUGUAGGCGGGGACUGGCGCCUAGGGUUCAGCGCUCCACCCCCGCCCCCAGAUUCUAACCUCCAGCCUCACUCCUGAACCCGGACGGAAGGCCCCUCCUGGCGCUCCAGGGAGAGCAAGGCUGGGAAUGUAGUAAAGGAGCCAGAAAGAAUGAGGCAAGGGAACUGUUGGAAUGACCCGCGCUGGCCCGGGGAAAGAAAACGGACGAGCAGACAGGCACUAGGAGCCGAGAGGGUCAAGUGAGGACGAGACUGAUAUGCAACAAAUGCCCGGUUUUCCUCCAGCUCUGAGGCCUUCCCACAGGGGACCGCACCCUCCAACAGGGACGAAGAGCCUCCUCCCAAGAUGGUUUCAUCUCUGGUUCCAAGGAAGCCUUGCUCAGUCCGUGCUGCAGUCAUCAUCUUGACGCUGGUCCUGCUCGCCUCUGUUCUGCUGCAGGCCAUUCUCUAUCCCUGGUUUAUGGGUACACUGUCAGAUGUAAAGACCAAUGCCCAGUUGCUGGAAGGUCGUUUGGACAACAUCAGCAUGUUGAGUUCUGAAAUUAAGAGGAACAGAGGCGGCGUGGAGGCAGCUGGCAUUCAGGUCCAGAUGGUGAAUGCCAGCCUGGAUCGUGUGUAUUCUCAGAUCCGGAAGUUGGAAACUGGUGUGAAGGAAGCCAAUGCACAGAUCCAGAUGUUAACAAGAAGUUGGCAGGACGUCUAUAAUUUAAACACUCAAAUCCCAGAAUUAAAAAAAGAUUUGGAUAAAGCAAGUGCUUUAAAUGCAAAGGUCCGUGGACUCCAGAGCAGUUUGGAGAAUAUCAACAAGUUGCUCAAACAGCAAAAUGACAUUCUACAGGUGGUUUCUCAAGGCUGGAAGUAUUUCAGGGGGAACUUCUAUUACUUCUCCCGUGUCCCAAAGACCUGGUAUAGCGCCCAGCAGUUCUGCAUGUCCAGGAAUUCACACCUGACCUCCGUGACCUCAGAGAGUGAACAGGAGUUUCUGUACCAGACAGCAGGUGGACUCUUGCACUGGAUUGGCCUGACGAAAGGGAGUGAAGGGGCCUGGCACUGGGUGGAUGACACUCCAUUCAACGAGGUCCAGAGUAUGAAGUUCUGGAUUCCCGGUGAGCCCAACAAUACUGGGAACAAUGAACACUGUGCCAAUAUAAAGAUGUCUUCACUUCAGUCAUGGAAUGAUGCUUCCUGCGACAGUCGGUUCCUUUUCAUCUGCAAACGUCCCUAUGUCCCAUCAGACUUAUGAUAGGGCUGGCCCCCAACCUGACAUUCCUAACACAGAGCUCCAGUGUGUGUCAAAGUCAAGGAAGUGACACUUGGUCCUCCAUACUCCAAGGUGACUUUGCACCUUAAUUUUCCUCGCUUGGGAAGUUCUGCGGUCUCACAGAGGCAGCUGGAAUGGAAACGAGAUCUUGGGUUAAAAUGGGGAAGGGAUGGUGGAGAGAAUCAAACUGCCUCGUUAAGUUCGAACUGCCUCAUUAAGGUAUAUCAGGACCCAUAAUUUGGGACAACAACUUGGGGUUUUGCCAGGAUCUGGGUGCUGUUGCUACUGGGGGGUUGUUGCUUCUUCUUGGCUGAGCUAGGUAACGUAUGCCCGCGUACCUAAUUGUUUUUUCGGAAAGACCAUAUGGCGACAGCACUUUGGAUAGGUGAGCCUAGAGGCAAAGAGGACCGUUAGAAGAAUGAUUGAGUCCCUUCACAGAAGCCUCAGUUUCAUCACAAGAAAGUUGCUACAAACACUCAAGCAAUUCUCCUGAUACUGGUACUCAGCACUUUUCCAGCUGAUCCCCCCAAUUCCCAGUCACCUACUUAGGUGGUCAUUAUCUCUGGGAAGAGGUCUGCUCUUGGGGAUCCUGUCCAUGCCAAGUGCCCAACAUCCUCUUCAUCCACGUCCUCUGAGGUCUGAACCCCUUCUUCCCUGGGGCAGUCUCAGCUUAUUCAGAUCAAGGGAAGGCCUGGAAACAUGUCUCCUUUAGAGCUGGACCAGCAUCCACUCGGGCCCAGCCCAUCUGCCUCACUGCCCUGCACCUCCUCUUUCCUCUGCAUUUCCUCCCUCCCCAUCCCCCAUGCAGAGGAGGUGACCAUCAGUGCC